AUGCCAGAUUUGAUUUGCCUAGAACAUAAAGUUGCCAUGACCGUGACAGCUUCAGAAGGAGGCUGCAAGCAUGCUGUCGCUUUCAUGAUGUGGGUAUAUCUGAGAAGCGAAGAACUUGCCUGUACUUCCAUAGAGUGCUACUGGAGAAAAUCCAACUUAGCAAAAGUUGGCACUUCUAACAGGUAUUUAUUAAGUUGUGAUUAUUCAAUAAUUAUGAACUACGAGGAUAUUUUAAGUUUUACACGAAUAAGUGGUUAUCAUUGUGAAUUAGAAGAAACCAACGAAAAAUAUUUUAUUUUGCGUAUAAAUAUUAAUGAUAGUAACGAAGCUGAUAGUUAUUUAAACUUGUUUGAAGCACAUACAUUAACGAAGUGGAUAAGAAAUGGGGAGUUGGCAAAUCCAGAAAGGGUCGUUUAUCAUAAAUACUAUAUGUGCCAACAUAGUGCUGUAAAUAAGAAGUGUAGUGCUCAUAAAACCGAAUUUAACACAGGCUGUACUGCAAAACUAGAUAUAGUCAUAAAAAAAUGUACUCCGGCUACGAAAAGAAAUGACAAAUAUUUGAAACUGAAACCAGCACUCUGUGGAAAAAUUAAGAUAGAUAUAAUACAUAACCAUACUAUAGGAACAAGUGGUUCUCUAAAAUAUUUGAAAAUGUCUAAUGAGACGAAGCAAAUAUUUGAACAGUAUUUUGACAAUGGAAUGAGUGCUUCUGAGGCUUUUCGCUAUCACGAAAGCAUGUUAAUGUUUAAUGAGAAGCCAUGGGAGAAGUUAGCAAAUGCUUCAAUUAAUCCCACGAAAAAUGUUGUAUAUUAUCUACACAGGCAAUGGACAUUGAAAAAUUAUGGAGCAGUUUUUGAACCUAUCCCAAAAUUGCAAGAGAAACUUACGUUUUAUGAAACGAGAGGAAUGAAAGUGGUAUUGGCAACAAAUCCUUGGGCAGUAGCAGUAGUUACUCCAAUAAUGCAAAGAGCGCAGCAGUUGAAUUCUUCUAAAGAGAUUAUAUUUUGUGAUAGUACUUCCAGUUGCGACAGUACUGAAACUACUGUUACUAUUUUGCUAACGGUUACCAAAGCAGGUGCUAUUCCAAUAGCUGUUCUUUUACAUGAUGGACAGUCUAUAGCUAGUUAUGAGCAGGCCUAUGAUUUGUUAAAGAAAGCAUUUCCCUAUUGUUUUGGGGGGAAUACGCAACCACUCAAAAUCAAACAACACAACAUACAAAAAUAAGGAGAAAAUAUUAGAAAUUUGAACCAUCAUGUUUUAUGACAGAUGACUCUAAAGCUGAAAAAGCUGCAUUGGCAAAUGCUUAUCCACAAUCAAGACAACUUCUCUGUUUU